AUGAACCCGGAGAUGAUUCGGUUGGCGGAGGAGCAGAUGCGGCGCAUGUCCCCGGACGACCUGGCCAGGAUGCAGCGGCAGCUCGCGUCCAACCCCGACCUGGUAAAGCUGGCAUCCGAGAGCAUGAGAAACAUGACUCCUCAGGACCUCAAACUUGCCGCUCAGCAGCUGAACCAAACUAGCCCAGAGGAGAUGCUUUCCAUCGCCGAAAAGCUCACCAUGGCUAAGCCCGAGGAGUUCGCCGCCAUGAAGGCUCAAGCUGACGCUCAGAUCUCACACGCCAUAUCUGGUGCCAAGGCCCUGAAGCAGCAGGGGAACGAGCUUCACGGCCGUGGGCGGUACGCCGAGGCUGCUACCAAGUACGACCUCGCCAAGGAUAGCUUGAAGAACGUGCCGUCGGCAGCAGCGCACACGUUAAGGGUGCAGUGCAGCCUUAAUCUCAUGUCAUGUUACAUGAAAUCGGGCAGGUUUGAGGAUUGCGUGAACGAAGGUUCGGAGGUUCUUCUAGGUAAUGAUGAUUCUAGAAAUGACGUCGUCAAGGCGUACUACCGGAGGGGCCAAGCGUACAGAGGACUAAGGAACCUUCAGGCUGCCGUCGCUGACUUGAGUAAAGCCCAUGAAAUCUCUCCCGAGGAUGAAACCAUUGCUGAGGUCCUGAGAGACACAGAGGGAGAACUUGCAGCUGAAGGAACUAUGCCAAAAGGAGUUGUUAUUGAAGAGGUUGUAGAAGAACUUCCAAAAGGAGUUGUUAUUGAAGAGGUUGUAGAAGAACUUCCAACCUUCCAGCCUCCGUCUUUGCAAAAUGUUGCGGAGAACCAUGAUGAAAUAGUAGUUAACAACCAGUCGCCAUCCAGUUCUAUAGCUGAUAUGCAAGAAGCCGUGAGAAAAUCCAUGGAAGACCCGGCUAUGCGGCAGAUGUUUGUGUCCAUGAUGGAGAACAUGAGUCCUGAUGUGAUGGCAGACUUGAGUCAGAAGUUCGGCAUUAAGCUCUCCAAGGAGGAUGCUGCCAAAGCGCAACAAGCUAUGUCUUCAUUAUCUCCAGAAGGUCUAGACAGAAUGAUGAGAUGGAUGGGCAGAGCACAGCGAGGAGUAGAAGUAGCAACCAAGACAAAGAACUGGCUCCUAGCCAGGAAGGGCUUGGUCAUUGCCAUUGUCAUGCUUAUCUUGGCCUUGGUCCUCCUGCGUCUUGGAUUCAGUGUCAAAUCCAUGUUAUGGGUGUGCAGUCAAUUAACUACAUGGCUUUUCGCCAAAACAAAUAGAUACAGGUGA